AUGGAUACGGCGGCGCUGCAGGAGGUGGUGACGGUUCUCAAGGAGGAGGUUGAGCACCACAAGCGGCAGGCGAGGCGAAUGCAGCGGGAGAACCGUCUGCUGGUUCGUACCAUACUGCAACUCCGGCAGCAGCAGAAACUGCUCCACAGCCGCCAGCCAGAGCAGCAGCCAUGUGUGGGGAAAACAGGCAACGACAACGAGAAGGAGCACGGGGGUUCGCAUGAGAGGGAUGACUUGAGCGAAUUCACCCACUCACAGCCGUCUAGUGCAACAUCGCGGAUGUCGCACCAGUUGUGUUCGCGCUGCAGCGCAGAACAUUUUUUCUCAACGACGUCGCCGAGGCCACGAGCGCCGGCGUCAGCAGCAGAACAAGGCCGUUGCGGCGAGGUAGUGGAGGCACUAGGCAAUGUAUCCCCGCUUCCCCUCGAGGGGCACAACCCCCACGAAAACGACAAUAAGGCUCUGCAGGUAAGAGUGCGGGCGCUGGAGAACCAGCUGCAGUGUGAACGGAUGCGGCGAAAGGCCCAGGCGGAUGAAUUCUCUGCGGAGUUGGAGCUUAUGCGGUUCGCGUUGGACGAGGCGGAGCGGCACCCCUCAAGACGCCAGCGACGCUCAACCCACGAUGGUGGAGUCUUCCGUCAAGAGGCCCCGGCGCCUUCACACACGUCUGAAGGAGGAGGAGGAGGCGGCGGCGAUGUCGGCACGAGUGAGUCAACGGUGGAAUAUCACGAGGUUCUCUGUGGUAGCCACCUGCAGCAGGAACUGUUCGACGGCCUCGUGGUGCACAGUAGGGGCUCCACCCCCACUUCGAUGGGGCACGCAGAAAAGGUGGUGGCUGUUGAGAGAUCUGACGUACCACCGUCUGCGGCCUCGCCUGCUACCGGCGAUUUCGUGUGUACUGGAGAUUCCCUCUACCACGGAUCUCCGCGGCCGAAGUGUGCGACACAGCGCUCGAGCACGAUAGGCCUACAAUGCGUCUCUGGCAGCAGCUGUCGGGAGUGCAUGACGCCGCUUAAUGAAGGCAGGUUAUUCUCACCAACGCCGCAGUCAGAAACCUCCCGGGAUGCCUUAACGGCCACCAACCACACUGACACGCCGUGGUGUGAGAACUUUUUGAGUCGAGCCGCCUUACGAAUGGAGGGACGGCGACAGCGGCUGCGUAACGCGGUGAUGCUGCGCACCACUGUGGAUGCCAAUGGUGAAGCAAGCGUUAAGCACCGUGAUGCUGUCCUUGGCUCCUCCAACAGGCAGGUGCAAGUGCAUUUGAUGACAGAACUUCCGCCGCAUACGGAGAUGCCGGCGUCUCCAUCUUCACCACUCGCUUCCUUGGCGAGGCGGGGGCAGUGGCACCUGCCGCACAGGCGCACCGCAUCCCUGUCUGCGUUUCACGGCGAUGAUGCAGCUGCUAGUCCCUGCAGAUACACCGCAUCGUCACCGAAUGCGGGUAUUGGUUCUCCGAUCAUGAACCCGAAUCAGUUGGGGGUUGAGGUGGAUCCAAAGGGGCCUCACAACCGCACAUGGUAUGCGCAUCAAGUCCUCCGCAUGGCAUUUGCAAAGUUUGUUUACGCCUCUGCGUCGUCUUCCGCAGCUGAUGCAACUGCAGCAAUAGCAUCGAACUCUUUUGAAAAAGCUCCGGAAGGGGCGGAUAUGGAAUUAUUUCAUGAACAUAACCAUCAUCACCGGCAGCAACAACAACAAGAGGAGGAAGAAGAAGGCGGUACUCACAGCGAUACUCAUUACGUCUCUUCGGAUAUGUCGUACAGUUUUGACAGCGAGGAGGUGAGGGAACAAAACUCCAUGGAGGUGGUGGGGGCACAGGACACCGCCGAUUGCCCCUUGCCGCUGCCCCUGUUGCCCCACGGGUUGUAUCGUAACAUUCCGUCCUCCGCAGUAAGACGGGCCAUUGAUGAGACGACCCGUUUGCAUUUUCGUUGUUGUCAAAACCGACCGUUGCUGGAGACGGUUGCGGAACCCUUUCCCCCCGUUCUUCCCCCGUUCCAUGCGGAGAACAGUGACAGCGAGCUGGUGGCAAGCUUUGCCGUGGACGUGUUGUCGCCUAGCAACUAUCGCGAGGACGAGAUAUGCCUCACGUUGCACUCCCCUGUCCUUUUUAGCCAGAUUCGGAGUUUUCUCGGCAUGGACGCGGAGGGUUUUCGGGCCUCGCUGGGGGAAAACGCGGUCUGGCGGCAGGCGAUUUCCCCAGGCAAAAGUGGCACUACACUCAUUUUUUUUGGGAAUUUUGUUAUGAAAAGCCUUAAAAAAAGUGAGUUUAAGUUCCUGCGGGAUCGCUUUCUUAGCAGCUACGUCUCCUUUUGCGAGCGCCACCCCGACACCUUGCUGCCCCGCUUCUACGCCUUGCUAACCUUCUCGUGGCUGCGGUUUCGCACACACAAGCAGUACGUGCUCAUGCAAAAUGUCUUCUCCACCCGGUACUACAUUCAUCGUAUUUACGAUGUAAAGGGGAGCACGGUGGGCCGCUCAACAACCACAGAGACGGCGCCCCGUACCUCGUUUGGAGCGCUGCUCCUGAAAGACAAUGACCUUCCCGCUCAGCUCAUCAUUUGUGGCCCGUUGCAGCGCGCCCAUGUGCUUGCGCAGUUGCGCUCCGACGUGAACUUUUUGCACUCGCUUAACAUUGUCGACUACAGCUGCCUGAUUGGGGUGCGCAGCCGUGUCUUUUCUCGCAAGGAAGGUCCCUCGAAGACGAUUGUGCUGAAAGAGCGUUGUGGGAGUUACUGGCAGCAAACACGUACGUCCGAAGCCAUUGGUGUUGGGGCGGAACAGCUGCAAAAGAUGGAUAACAGCUGCAUUCACGGCUGCGAUGGAGGCGUGCUGUCCCUACCGAUUUAUGCUGCGGGCGAUGACACAACGGCGCGGGAAGAUGUGUACUACCUUGGUAUUAUUGACGUCCUGCAGGAGUACACACCAGCCAAACGGCUUGAGAACUUUGCAAAGGGACUGUGGAGCGACAGGCGACAAAUCAGCGUCGUGCCGCCAAAGGAGUACGCAGAACGUCUAUACCAAGUCCUGGAGAAUGUUACGGUGUAG